GGAAGAAUUUCAACAAAGGGGAAAAUAGAGUAGGUUCUAUCGUGCCCAACUUGUUUCUUAGAACUAGAAAUAACUUACUGAAUGUUUUUUCACGCUUUGUUUAGUGCUUCGAGGAUGCGUCCCCCUCCAUCUAACCUACAUUCCAAGAAUUGUUGUUAACGUCCGGAGUAAGCUAUUAAUGCUGCCACCUCGUCGACUGCGUUCGGGCUAUUUAGUGACCACACUGCAAUUACUCUGUUAAAUUUAGAUGUCCAAAUGUAGUCUAUGACUAAUCGGCUUGACAUGAGUAAUGAAGCUGGCGACCACGUUGUUAUUACGCGCUGCAUCUAUUUUAGGUAGGAUACUAGAUUAUACGGUGACAGGCAAAUUGACUAAUUCAUUUAAUCCAUGAGAAACGGGAGUAGGCCACGUUCAGCCAGUCGACACCAUCAACAAUUAUUACGGAGAUCAUUACCUGCUACCUAACAAUUAAGUAGGAAUCUCCUAAUCUCACACGGGCUAUGGUCAUUGCUUUAGACGUGCUUUGUACAAGUCAAUCAUGAAUAUAGCACAACAACCUAAAUCACGAUAAAAAAAGUCGGAACCUUAAAAACAAUGGUUAGUGUAGGGUAUAAUUGAAGUAAUUGAAUCUGUGAUUAUCAAAUCAUUCAGAAUUGACGAACACUUUCCACAUGCAUCCUCAUGCGUUUCCUCAUCGUCUACGUCAUCGGACUAAUCAUGUUUUCAUGAUCCAACCUGCGAAGGAGGAGUCUGUAGUAUUGCGAAACUACGCGGUGUGCAUCAAACUCUGACGGGACAGUCGGUGUUGUAGUAGCUUUCAGAACAUUCGAACGCAUUUUCACAAUACGUAAACGCAGUUCAUUGCCAGCCUUUGACAAAUAGGCUGGACCCUCGCAUUGAUCUGACCCGAGGGCUUCGAGAAUGUCUUUAGCAGAUCAGAGCCAACAAUGGUAUCCUACGAGUGUACAGGUAACAGUGUUCCAAGCAAGGAACUUGAGAAUCAAAGGCAAGAAUGGCACCAACGACGCGUACGCCAUCAUGCAAAUGGCCAAAGACAAAUUUUCAACGUCGGUGGCAGAAAAAUGUGUGGCACCGGUUUGGAAGGAAGAAGCCUCUUUUGACCUGCCGCUCUUCCACCAAGGCAAUGCCGACCGCUGUACUCUGCAUAUCAUCGUAAUGCACCGGGCGCUGGUGGGUCUGGAUAAGCUACUUGGACAGGCAGUCGUCAACCUUUUGGACCUCCACGAUAACAGGUCCCGGAAAAAGAGCGAUUGGUUCAAGCUGUUGGAUAAAAAUGGGAAGGCCGACAAGGACCGUGGAGAAGUUCUGCUGGACAUCCAGUUCAUGAGGAACAACCUGACCGCCAGCAUGUUUGACCUCUCCAUGCAGGACAAACCACGGUCUCGCCUGGCCAAGCUCAAGGACAAGGUCCGGGGAAAGAAGAGCGAUGGCUUCUCUGACUCCGCGUCCGCCAUUGUGCCUUCAGUCAGUCAGGUGCUAACCGACAGCGAAGGGGAAGGGGACGCCCACACAGACUCUCCGAGCACAAAGAAGAAGUCCAAACUCAAGUCCUUAUUCGCUCCCAAGUCCAACCUGCAACGCAACCAUUCCCAGUCCAUGUCCGUCUUGGGAACCCUCCCAGAGAAGAACUCUCCCCUCAGUGCCAGCCGAUCCUCUGGCCUUAACGUUGAGUCUCCUGAUGUGAAAAGGAAGAUCGGUCUUGGCAAGUUUGGUCUUGGUCAUAAACGCACAGGGAGUAAUGACAGCAAGGCGUCCCAGGGCCCCUUCUCCCUGCUAGGCCGCUCCAAGCAGGGCGCCGCGGACCCGAACAGCCUGUGCAUCAAUGGCAGCCACGUCUACUCCGAGGAGGCCGAGAACAAGAGCGGCUCCACCCUCAGCCUGAACAGCUCCGGACAGGGCUCCGUGGAGGACGUGAGGAGGCAGCACGAGAGGAACGUCUCCGACGCCUCCACCGACUCCUUCAAGGCCCUGAGCAUCCCCACCUACAAGCAAGAGACGCAGGAAAAGAAAGGCAACGCACAGCAGCGCCUCAGAGAGGAUGAUGAAGAGGAGGAGAGGGAGUCCGAGACGAAGAUGCAGGCCGAGGAAAAGCAGAGGCAGGCGGAGGAGAAGCGCAGACUCGCAGAGGGAAAGCGGAUCCAGGAAAUGCUGCACCGGCAGGAGGAGCAGGAGAAGAAGCGGAUGCAGGAGCGGCAGAGGAAGAUAGAAGAGGAGGAGGAGAAGAAGAGAAAAAGAGAAGAGGAGCGUAAGAGGCUGGAGGAGCAGGAGGAGGCGAAGCAAGCAGAAGAGCAGGAGCGGAGGAGGCAGCAGCAGCAGGAGGAGGCGCGGAGAGCCGAGGAGCAGAGGCACCAUGAGGAGACCCGAGUAACGGACAGGAUCUCAUCUCUGUUCGGCAUCGGGAGGAAGAAGGAGGAGAAGAAGGAGGAGCAGCACCAGGAGAGCCCCCCGACCGCAGCUCCUCGUCGCUCAGCCAAGGAGCUCGAGGUCCCCGCCUCUACAAACCCCUUCGAGGAGAUCCCACUGAGCCCAGACCCACCCAACCCCAUCGCUGGCCAGGGCCCAGUGGAGGUCCAAAGAGGAGUCCUCGGCCCCCACGCCCCAAGCGGAGGCUUCCCCAGUCGCACGGCCAAGGUGUCUGCCGUCAAACCAAGGCCCCAUCCAGUGAAGCCUCUGAGCUCGACAGAAAGCCAACAGCAUCCCAGCAGCAGCAGCAGUAGCAGCAGCAUUGCAGUGAGCAAAGACCUUAAGUCCAUUAGCAUCAGCGACACACCAGAGAAAGUCAAGUUUGCAGACAGUGGCCCCUACACCCAGCUCACUCAGGAGGAGCUCAUCACCCUUGUGGUCAAGCAGCAGAAUGAGCUCACCAAGAGAGAUGAGAAGAUCGUGGAGCUGGAGGAGUACAUCGAUAACCUGCUCGUGCGUGUCAUCGAUGAGUAUCCCAGCAUUCUCAUGUCGCUCGCAGCCGCCAAGGGCUUCCACUAGAGGGCGGUAGUGUGCAUGGGAACUGAAAACCUUAAGGCUCCUCAUAUUUCUCUCCUCUCUCUCUCUCUCUCUCUCUCUCUCGCGCUCUCUCUCUCUCUCUCUCUCUCUCUCUCUCGCUCUCCCUCUCUCUCUGUCAGGCUUUAGUUUGUUUGUGUUGGGGGAUUAAAUCAAUCUUUUGCACAAGGAUUUUGCUUCCAGCUGGAGUCUCAUUCUCUGGCACUACCCUUGGCUGUAAUAUGCACUUUUGAUGGACUAUCUGUUGAUGGACUUCCAUGAAGGGUGACGAAUGAAGAAUGGCAGUACUGUAGUUAAUAAUGCUGGAAAUCUAUAGUGGUGGUUAUCAAGAAACCCAAGACUUAUGUCAGAAAUCAACGAUAAAGAAACUGACUAAUUAAAUGUUGUUGUUUCUACAGAAGUUGAGUGGCUGACAUAGUGUACAUGAAAACUGUGCGUCACCCUGUGCUCUUAAUUGUAACACUCAAAAAUGACAGACAUUCAGUUGGACCUUUUUUUAUCGGUUAACAACUUAAUUGUAACUGCUAAUGACUGAUUGACUGUGUUGCUGGGAGUGUAGAGAACUGGAACGUUCAUGAAUAUUUAUUACGCUGCUGUAAGGCUUACAAGUGUGUGUGUGUGUGUGUGUGUGUGUGUGUGUGUGUGUGUGUGUGUGUGUGUGUGUGUGUGUGUGU